UUCGGGCCUUAUAUAUACCACCUCUUUAAGAACAUCUUCAAGACAAUACUAAUAACACACGUUUGCCUGCAGUCUUACUAAUAUUUUUUUUAAAAAAAUUCCCUCAGUUUAAAUAAAUUUUAUAUUUUAUUUUAUUUGUUUUCAAAUUUUCUAAGAUGAUUUCCAAAUUUAUUUGUUGUCUUGUUCUCGUUGCUGGUGCUAUUUUAUAUCGAUCAACAACAGCACAAAUCGACGGAUAUAGACCGGGUGUGGAUUACCCGGUGUACAAUUCGGUGCCUUCGGGACUUCAGUUUAAUUGCGGUGGUAAAUUACCGGGUUAUUACGCAGAUCCAGAAGCAAGAUGUCAAGUCUGGCACUGGUGUCUUCCAAGUGGUCAGAUGUUUAGUUUCCUUUGUCCAAAUGGCACAGUGUUCAGUCAAAGUGCUCGAGUUUGCGACUGGUGGUUCAAGGUCGACUGCAACGACUCCCCAAGACUAUACGGCAUCAACGACGACUUGUAUCGAGACGCGAAUGGCAACAGAAUAUAAAAACUACUCUAACUAAUUAUGUACCAUAAUAAAUUAAUAUAAAGAAAAUUAAUCACUCAUCUCAUAUAUUUACAUUAAAAAUUUUCCCAAAAUUUCCAUCCCAACCUUAUCGGUAAUCGCACAGUCAGCUCGCGGUCUUAGCGAUCGCGCAAUCCCGCAUCGACCAUUCAAAUUUCUACAGCCCGCUAAUUAAUUUUCAGUUUCUCAAUCCCAACAAUCGCAAGUGUCAUAAUUACCCAUAACAUAUUUAUAUAUUUUAAAAUUUAUUGUAUUCUAAUAACUUAUGAAAGCAAACUAAUGUGGGAAAGAAAAAUAUCCAUCCACCCAUACAUCAGCCUUCCAUCCAUCCAUCCAUCUAUUCUACUAUACACACAUAUAUUUAUAAAUAUAAUGUUUUAUUGUAUCACUUUCGUGUGAAUGUCGAUCGAGGUCGGUAGUAAGAACAGUACCACAUAAUGUUGGCGAUUUCUUGGCAUGAUUGGGCAAUAGAAAGUGAGUGGCUGGACUUGAGUUGUAUAGUGAUCGGUCUCGCCUCGCCCGAUAUUCAAAACAUAUAUAUAUAUAUAAAUAUAUACUAUAAAUAAAUACAAUAAACUUCACUCUCCAUCUCUACUCUGCCUCCACAUCUAUCAGAUAUUUCUAUUAUUAUAUUUAGUAAUUCCAUGCACUAUUUAUCUCAAAAUCAAUCUCCGAUUCUCGAUCGUCAUCAAUCGAUCUCUCUCACUAUUAAUCGUAACAAAGAAAUGAAUUAAAAAAAAAAAGAAAGUUCAAAUUUUCAAACUUCAUCUAAAAUUAAUUGGAAAUUUUUAAAAAUCCUUGGAGGGAACAUCAACCUGCAGUUUUUUUUUUUUUUU